UUUUUCAGACAAGGACACUUUAUACAUGACACAUUUUCUGCUUGCACAAAGUUACAUUUCAAUAUCUGGCUCUGGAGCAAGAUAAGGAAGACAGAGGGAGAUCUGGCAGCAGAGUGAGCAGGGCAAGGUAAGCAGGCUGAAAGUGAGAAAUGCAGGAAGCUUCCCGUUUAGGCAGAAGCUGGCUCCAGCUUUCAAAUCUCUCCAGCAAGCCCGCCAAGGCGUCACAAAGCCCGCCCCUCGGUGAAAAAGCCACGCCCCUUCCCUGGCUGUUCUCGGAGUUCCCAUUACGUCCCUCCUUCUCUUUGGCUCCGCCUGCCCCGCCUCGCAUCAUUUCCUGUGCGCUGGAUGCUGAUUGGUCCAGCGGUCGGAAGUGAGGGCGGGCGGUGGGGGCCGUUGCCGCAGUGACAGUGCUCGGGGAGUCCGAAGAUGGCGGCGUCGCGUCGCUCUCAGCAUCAUCACCACCAUCAUCAACAACAGCUCCAGCCCGCCCCAGGGGCUUCGGCGCCGCCGCCGCCACCUCCCCCACCACUCAGCCCCGGCCUGGCCCCGGGGACCACCCCAGGCUCCCCAACGGCCGGUGGCCUGGCCCCCUUCGCCUCCCCUCGGCACGGCCUAACGCUGCCGGAGGGGGAUGGCAGUCGGGAUCCGCCCGACAGGCCCAGAUCCCCGGACCCGGUUGACAGUACCAGCUGUUGCAGUACCACCAGCACAAUCUGUACCGUCGCCGCCGCUACCGUGGUCCCGGCAGUUUCUGCUUCACCUGCCGUUGGGGUCGCUCCCAACCCAGCCGGUGGUGGCAGUAACAAUUCACCGUCGUCCUCUUCUUCCCCGACUUCUUCCUCAUCUUCCUCUCCAUCCUCCCCUGGAUCAAGCUUGGCGGAGAGCCCCGAGGCAGCCGGAGUUAGCACCACAGCAACAUUGGGGCCUGGGGCAGCGGGACCUGGGACAGGGGUCCCAGCAGUGAGUGGUGCCCUACGGGAACUGCUGGAGGCCUGUCGCAAUGGGGACGUGUCCCGGGUAAAGAGGCUGGUGGACGCGGCAAACGUAAAUGCAAAGGACAUGGCCGGCCGGAAGUCUUCUCCCCUGCACUUCGCUGCAGGUUUUGGAAGGAAGGAUGUUGUAGAACACUUACUGCAGAUGGGUGCUAAUGUCCAUGCUCGUGAUGAUGGAGGUCUCAUCCCGCUUCACAAUGCCUGUUCCUUUGGCCAUGCUGAGGUUGUGAGUCUGUUACUGUGCCAAGGAGCUGAUCCAAAUGCCAGGGACAACUGGAACUAUACCCCUCUGCAUGAAGCUGCUAUUAAAGGGAAAAUCGAUGUGUGUAUUGUGCUGCUGCAGCACGGAGCUGAUCCAAACAUUCGGAACACUGAUGGGAAAUCAGCCCUGGACCUGGCAGAUCCUUCAGCAAAAGCUGUCCUUACAGAUGGAGAAGUUACUUUUACAAGUUCACAAAGCCAUCAAGCGGAAUUAUUGGGAUUUGAACUCAAGCAGUUUGGCUCCAGGAUCAGUGAAUACAAGAAAGACGAACUCCUAGAAGCUGCUAGGAGUGGUAAUGAAGAAAAACUAAUGGCUUUACUGACUCCUCUAAAUGUGAAUUGCCAUGCCAGUGAUGGGCGAAAGUCUACUCCUUUACAUCUCGCAGCUGGCUACAACAGAGUUCGAAUAGUUCAGCUACUGCUCCAGCAUGGUGCUGAUGUUCACGCGAAGGACAAAGGUGGACUUGUGCCUCUUCAUAAUGCAUGUUCAUAUGGACAUUAUGAAGUUACAGAACUACUACUAAAGCAUGGAGCUUGUGUCAAUGCUAUGGAUCUCUGGCAGUUUACCCCCCUGCAUGAGGCUGCUUCCAAGAAUCGUGUAGAAGUCUGCUCUUUGUUACUUAGCCAUGGUGCUGAUCCUACGCUUGUCAACUGCCAUGGCAAAAGUGCUGUGGAUAUGGCUCCCACGCCUGAGCUCCGGGAGAGAUUGACUUAUGAAUUUAAAGGUCAUUCGUUACUACAAGCAGCCAGAGAAGCAGACCUAGCUAAAGUUAAAAAAACACUUGCUUUGGAAAUCAUUAAUUUCAAACAACCACAGUCUCAUGAAACAGCACUGCACUGUGCUGUGGCCUCCCUGCAUCCCAAACGGAAACAAGUGACAGAGUUGUUACUUAGAAAAGGAGCAAAUGUCAAUGAAAAAAAUAAAGAUUUCAUGACCCCCCUGCAUGUCGCAGCAGAGAGAGCUCACAAUGAUGUCAUGGAAGUUCUGCACAAGCAUGGAGCCAAGAUGAAUGCACUGGACACCCUUGGUCAGACUGCUUUGCACAGAGCUGCCCUCGCAGGUCACCUGCAGACCUGCCGCCUCCUGCUGAGCUAUGGCUCUGAUCCCUCCAUCAUCUCCUUGCAAGGCUUUACGGCGGCGCAAAUGGGAAACGAGGCCGUGCAGCAGAUUCUGAGUGAGAGUACACCUAUACGUACUUCUGAUGUUGACUAUCGACUCUUAGAGGCAUCUAAAGCUGGAGACUUGGAAACUGUGAAGCAACUUUGCAGCCCUCAAAAUGUGAAUUGCAGAGAUCUAGAGGGCCGGCAUUCUACACCCUUACACUUCGCGGCGGGCUACAAUCGUGUGUCUGUCGUGGAGUACCUUCUACACCACGGUGCCGAUGUCCAUGCCAAAGACAAAGGCGGCUUGGUGCCCCUUCAUAAUGCCUGUUCAUAUGGACACUAUGAGGUAGCUGAGCUUUUAGUAAGGCACGGAGCUUCUGUCAAUGUGGCGGACUUGUGGAAAUUUACCCCUCUACAUGAAGCAGCAGCUAAAGGAAAAUAUGAAAUCUGCAAGCUCCUUUUAAAACAUGGAGCAGAUCCAACUAAAAAGAACAGAGAUGGAAACACACCUCUCGAUUUGGUAAAAGAAGGAGACACAGAUAUUCAGGACUUACUGAGAGGGGAUGCUGCCUUGUUGGAUGCUGCCAAAAAGGGCUGCCUGGCCAGGGUGCAGAAGCUCUGUACCCCAGAGAAUAUCAACUGCAGAGAUACCCAGGGCCGAAAUUCAACCCCUCUGCAUCUGGCAGCAGGCUACAAUAAUCUGGAAGUAGCUGAAUACCUUCUAGAGCAUGGAGCAGAUGUUAAUGCCCAGGACAAGGGUGGUUUAAUUCCUCUUCAUAAUGCAGCAUCUUAUGGGCAUGUUGACAUAGCAGCGUUACUGAUAAAAUACAACACAUGUGUAAAUGCAACAGAUAAGUGGGCAUUUACACCUCUUCAUGAAGCAGCCCAGAAAGGAAGGACCCAGUUAUGUGCCCUCCUCCUAGCACACGGUGCAGAUCCAACUAUGAAGAACCAGGAAGGGCAGACACCUCUAGAUCUGGCAACAGCUGACGAUAUCAGAGCUUUGCUGAUAGAUGCCAUGCCCCCAGAGGCCUUACCUACCUGUUUUAAACCUCAGGCCACUGUAGUGAGUGCCUCUCUGAUCUCACCAGCAUCCACCCCCUCCUGCCUCUCUGCUGCUAGCAGCAUAGAUAACCUCACUGGCCCGUUGGCAGAGUUGGCAGUAGGUGGAACCUCCAACGCAGGGGACGGCGCAGCCGGUGCAGAAAGGAAGGAAGGAGAAGUUGCGGGUCUUGACAUGAAUAUCAGCCAAUUCCUAAAAAGCCUUGGCCUUGAACACCUUCGGGAUAUCUUUGAAACAGAACAGAUUACACUAGAUGUGUUGGCUGACAUGGGUCACGAAGAGUUGAAAGAAAUAGGUAUCAAUGCAUAUGGGCACCGCCACAAAUUAAUCAAAGGAGUGGAAAGACUUUUAGGUGGACAACAAGGUACCAAUCCUUAUUUGACUUUUCACUGUGUUAAUCAGGGAACUAUUUUGCUGGAUCUUGCUCCAGAAGAUAAAGAAUAUCAGUCAGUAGAAGAAGAGAUGCAGAGUACAAUUCGAGAACACAGAGAUGGUGGUAAUGCUGGUGGCAUCUUCAACAGAUAUAACGUCAUUCGAAUUCAAAAAGUUGUCAACAAGAAGUUGAGAGAGCGAUUCUGUCACAGACAAAAGGAAGUGUCCGAGGAGAAUCACAACCAUCACAAUGAGCGCAUGUUAUUUCACGGUUCUCCUUUCAUUAAUGCCAUUAUUCAUAAAGGGUUUGAUGAGCGACAUGCAUACAUAGGAGGAAUGUUUGGAGCUGGGAUUUAUUUUGCUGAAAACUCCUCGAAAAGCAACCAGUAUGUUUAUGGAAUUGGAGGAGGAACAGGUUGCCCUACACACAAAGACAGGUCGUGUUAUAUAUGUCACAGACAAAUGCUGUUCUGUAGAGUGACCCUUGGAAAAUCCUUUCUGCAAUUUAGCACCAUGAAAAUGGCUCAUGCUCCCCCAGGACAUCACUCAGUUAUUGGUAGACCCAGCGUCAAUGGGCUGGCGUACGCGGAAUAUGUCAUCUACAGAGGAGAACAGGCAUACCCGGAGUAUCUCAUCACGUACCAGAUCAUGAAGCCAGAAGCUCCUUCACAGACGGCCACAGCUGCUGAGCAGAAGACCUAGUGAAUGCCCACUGGUAAAAGCCAGAUCGGAGUUAAACCUGGGACUGGAUUACAGUGGAUUGUUUCCAACAACAACAACAAAAAAAUCAAUAUUCUAUAAAUCCCUGACAGCCUAGAAAUAAGCUGUUUGUCUUUUAUAAAAGCAUUGCUAUAGUGAUGAAUAUAGUAUGAGUAACUGAUACAUACUCAACUGCUACUGUUCCCUUUGAGGAAAUGUUUACAGGGGCGGCCUUUUAACAUAUCUCAGGCUCAUUUUCAUUGCAAUGAUCUGUUUCUAAAACAAGAUUACUUUGAUCUAGACUUGGAAACAGAAAAAAAAAAAAGAAAACCAAUACUUUUUCAGAUGUUCACAGUUCACACACUACACUUGCUUUGUUACGCGUGGCACGUUGUAUAUAACACACACACACACACACACGUGAUAGGCUCAUUCUUAACUUUUUUUCCAAACAUGCAUCGUUGGCUUUUGUUUUUUGGUUACUUUGAAAAUGAGCCAGAGCCUUCUUGAGGAUAUUUUGCACAAAAAUCACACUAACAGAAAUCAUUAGCAAUGCAACCCAAGCUUCUGGCUGAACGAGAUGCAGUUUCCUUUUUUUUUAAACUUUUGUUUGUUUCAGUUUGUAUCUGUGCUUCUCAUUAACAUAAACUGAGAUGAAAAAGAGCAA